GUGGCCUGACAAAUUAACCACAUUGUUUGCAAUGGACACGUCUUGUCUCAUCGACGAUUCUCUGAAGGCAAAGUAUUCGAAGACGUGUGAGAAGUACCUAAAUUAUGGCACUGCCGGGUUUAGAACUAAAGCCACUGACUUGUCUCAUGUCAUGUUUCGAAUGGGUAUCCUUGCUGUGUUAAGAUCUAAGUGCACAAAAGCCACAAUUGGAGCAAUGAUAACUGCUUCACAUAACCCUGUUGAAGACAAUGGCAUUAAAAUUGUGGAUCCUAUGGGAGAUAUGUUAGCAGCAAGUUGGGAAAAAUAUGCAGUAGAAUUGGCAAAUGUUUCAGAUUCUAAAAUAGAUUCUGUAAUGAUGAAAAUUAUUAAGUCUGAAGAUAUUGAUAUGAAUGUGAAGGGUUCUGUGUUUCUUGCCAAAGAUACAAGUUUUUUUUUUUUUUUUGUAGGCCAGAUGACAACUCCCAUGCUUCAUUAUGUUGUUCGUUGUCAAAACACUCAGAUGAGAUAUGGUAAACCAACAGAGAAUGGUUAUUAUGAGAAACUAUCUACUGCUUUUCUUAAGCUAAGAGGAUCAGGUCGCUCUUGUCCUGGACUGUAUAAGCCUAAAUUGGUGCUAGAUGCUGCAAAUGGUGUUGGUGCUGCUAAAGUAGAAUUAUUAAAGCGUCAUCUAAAUGAUGCUUUGGACAUAGAGCUGAAAAAUGAUGGCAGUGAUGGCAUAUUAAAUUAUCAAUGUGGUGCUGAUUAUGUCAAGACUCAGCAGAAAUUUCCUACAGAUGUAUCAAUUGAACCUGAAUGCCGCUAUGCAUCAUUUGAUGGAGAUGCUGAUCGAAUUGUUUAUUACUUUAUUGAUAAAAAUAACAAAUUCCAUUUAUUAGAUGGUGACAAAAUUGCAUGCCUGGUUAGUACUUAUUUAAAACAGCUUCUUAAUACUUCUGAAAUUGAUUUGAAUAUUGGGAAUGUCUUGACUGCUUAUUCCAAUGGUAGUGCUAUGGACUAUAUACGUAAUACUUUGAAAGUUGAUGUUGCAUGUACUCCAACUGGUGUUAAACAUCUACACCGCAAAGCCCAGGAAUAUGACAUUGGGAUUUAUUUUGAAGCCAAUGGUCAUGGAACUGUUUUGUUUAGUGCUCAUGCUGAAGAUAUUAUUUUAAAUACUGCUGGAAACACUAAUUUGUCUGAGGAAAAGCAAUCUGCUGCUCAGAGACUGUGUACUCUAAUUGAUCUGAUCAACCAGACUGUGGGUGAUUCAAUUUCGGACAUGUUGCUUAUAGAAACCAUCUUGCAUUCUCUUGGUUGGAAUACAGUGAAGUGGGAUGCAAUUUAUAAAGAGAAGCCAUCUGUCCUCAAACAAAUCAAAGUGAAAGAUAAGCUUGUAUUUAAAACAACUUAUGAUGAACAGAAACUAACUCAACCAUUAGAUCUGCAAAAUGCCAUUGACCAACUUUGUGCUGCUGUAUGUGGUGGUCGUGCCUUUGUGCGUCCUUCUGGAACGGAAGAUGUUGUUAGAGUAUUUUCAGAAGCAGACACUAUUGAAGAUGCAAAGAAGCUUAGUUUUAAUGUUUGUGAGAAAGUAUAUGACCUUUGUAAUGGUGUUGGAGAUCGUCCUACAUUGUAAGCUAAAAUAAUCAAUUGAAAAUAUUAUCUAAGAAUAUUAUUUGAUAUUUUUUAUACAAAUUUAUUAAAAUAUAUUCAAAUGCAUAUACAUAUAACUUUACAAUUUGGAAUUUAAAAAGAAAUUCAUAUUUGAAAAUCAUUAGAGGGGAAAACUUUUGGUUUGUAAUUUCUGAAUUUAAGAGAUCGAUCUUGCUUAUUAUUUUUCUGUCUUUAUGUCUGAUUUGUGAGCAAUAAUGCAAUAGUUUUUUUAUUUUUACAUUAUAUUAUAUUUUAACAUGUGGUGGUGGAUUGGCACCUUUGCCAUUCAUCCCUCCAGGGUUGAGAAAAUACAGUACUGGGUUAAUGAUAUUGACUAAUAUCUUCACCUUAAAACUAUUAUUAGGGCAAUGAGCCAACAAAAUCAAGUGUUGCAAGAAAUGCUUUGUGAUAUUUCUUCUAGUUCUUUACUUAUUGAGUUGAAACCCCACUGAGGUCAACUCUGCCUUUCAUCCCUCUGGGACCAAUAAAAUAAAGUAUCUAAUAAAUACUGGCAUCAAUGGUAUUGACUAAAUACUCUCCCUCAAAAUUGCUGUAUUUGUGUCUAAAUUAGAAACUGAUAUAUUGUGAAAUAUAAUUUGCUAUUCAUUGAGGAGGGAGGUAAUCAUGAGAAACAAUUUUCAAAUAUUUUUAUAGCUACCAUUUUAUUCUAAUAAAUAUAAUUUUGAACACA